UUUUACAUAAAAAAGUGAAACACAGACACAAUAUAUUAGUGCAUCGUUAUAGCUUAUUAUAGUCUAGAGGGCAUGAUUUUCAAAAAGCUAGAGGCAAAUAUACAUAUUUACUAUUUGUGCAUGUGAUGGCUAGUAAGAUACAUAGCUAGCUCUUGGCAUGUGCCAAGUGCCAUACCCAAAGUGCAAGUGAAACCUAUGCAUUUUUGCUUAUAGCUUUGAAAAUUAGACCCAAUGCAUUUUAAAAUAAUGUCACACUUUAUAUGAGUAGGAAUGGCAGCUGCAGAGGCACCAGCUAGGGGAAUAUUUAUAAGGGCCAACAGUUGUCAUGCUUCAAGGCAUUAUCUGAAUUCUCCCCUGCAAUGGGUCAGUAUCAAACGUUAGGUAUAUUAUGACCAAUAGGGUUUUACACCUCUUAUGGUUAGAGGGAGAAUACCAGACUAGAUGGGCUAUUUGUCCAUUCUUGUCUGCUGGCAUUUAUCCCACAAGCUUGAGCAUCCCUCUGUGGUGGCAAGCACAGGGUGCUGUGUACAGGCUUCAGACUUGCUUCACUGCAUCUCUCUCAAGCAUAGCAAUCCAAACAACUCAGCCAGCUUUCCCUGCUUACACAACUGAACCAUCUCCCUGUGGUGGGUGCUUGAGCCAGUUUUAUCUCAGGAUGGACUAGACCAUAAUUCUUAAUCUCUCCUUUACAGCAGACCCACAACAGAAAGGCUGCAGGCGGUUCUGAUGUGCCCAUCACUUUAGCAUUAAGGCUAUGUUACAUAACUAGCAUUCACAGUGAAUUCUGUCUGAACUUGGAGCCAAACUCUCCAGCCUCCCUUUCUUAUAGCCAGUGACGACUGCCAAGCAGGAGAGCAUUUCCGGACCUUUCUAUCACUCCAUUAUGGUGGGGAGCCAGUGAGAAAAAUCCUGCAAAGUGCCAUACACAAGGGAAGAUUCAGACCCACCCUGGUCUCUAGGGUGACCAGAUGUCCUGAUUUUAUAGGGACAGUCCUGAUUUUUGGGUCUUUUUCUUAUAUAGGCUCCUAUUACCCCCCACCCCCGUCCUGAUUUUUCACAUUUGCUGUCUGGUCACCCUACUGGUCUCUGAGGGAGGCAAUGGCUUUCCACUGAUAAUGUUCUCUAUGUUCCUCUGGCUCAAUGGCUCUCUCUGCCAUAAGGGUAAAAGCUUGUCUGUGCAGGAGACAGUCUUGGACCAGCUCCUGAGAAAGUUCUCAGAGUAGCAGCCGUGUUAGUCUGGUGCCACAAGUACUCCUUUUCUUUUUGAGAAAGUUCUAUGACAUUAACUCCCUCAGGAACUAAGAUCCAUCACAAGUCACACCACCAGUUAUUAAAAAAAAACUGUCAAAACAAGACACCAAUGCACACACUUCUCCCUGUGGAGAGAGGAUCAGAGACCAAACAACAUAUGGCAGAUGUUAAUCAUGUUGCUUAAUGCACUAUUGGAGGGCACUCAGAUACUAUGCUGAUGAGCAAAGUACAAGAAUGUAUAUAGUACAGUUUAGUGACCCUCCCCACCAGCCAGUCAGGAUGGAGAAGCUGCCUCCAAUGUUCUUUGGGUCUCACCCUAACCCCCCAUCCCUCAAAAUGCUCAUAUUGACAAGGGACAGUAAGAGGACAUUCAAAUGGCUGCUAAUGGUCUGCAGCAGCUUUCAGAGUCUGCUCUCCCACAACAAAGGGGAGUAACUGUCUCCCUAAACAGGAGCCAAUUAACAUCUUCCAUGUAGUUCAAGCCAGUUCAUUUGGAUGCAGCUCAGAAGGGAUGGCACCAUAUGUGGUGCACUGUGCAAAAGGGGAUCUGGGUUAAACAGUAAAUCGCUGCCCCAGUGCAUACCUAGUCUAGUACAAACUGCUGGCAGGAGGGAAGUGCUCCAAUGUGAGGCUGGUGAGAGAAAUCGGACAGUGACAUAUGCUGAAAUCAAAUUGUGACCCUCACUUGUUUAUCACUUGGACAUGAAAGAGCCUGCUGGGUUUAAUGAUUCACUCCAGUGUCUACGCACAGAGCUGAUACAAUGGCUGCAAUCAGGCUUCUCCUCUCGCUCCUUGUUGGCCUAUGUGCUUAUUAUUUCUACAGCCAGGAAACCCUAUCUGCAGAAAUGGUGCGAGGGAAGCGUGUGCUGGUCACUGGUUCGAGCACUGGGAUUGGGGAACAAAUAGCCUAUGAGUUUGCACGAAUGGGAGCACACCUGCUCCUCACUGCCAGGAGGGAGAAGCAGCUCAAGGAGGUGGCACAGAAGUGUCUGGAACUGGGGGCGAGUUCCGCCAGGCACGUGGUGUCCGACAUGAACAACUUGACUUCAGCCCAGAAUGUCAUUGAAGAAACCAGAAACAAACUGGGGGGUCUUGACUACCUGGUUUUGAACCACGUUGGGGGAAGUGGCCGGUUUGGCCCAUUCCAAGGAGACAUGGCAGCAGUGACCAGCUCUAUGACUGUCAAUUUCUUGAGCUACGUCCAGCUGACAGUUUCUGCAAUGACCAUGCUGCAAGAGUCUCAGGGCAGCAUCAUUGUCAUAUCGUCCCUGAGUGGUCGCAUUGGAGGUCCAUUCACCCUCUCGUACAAUGCAGCCAAGUUUGCUCUGGAAGGAUUCUACAGCUCGCUACGCAGGGAGCUGCACCUUCGGGAGAUCAGUCUCUCAGUCACAGUUGCUGUGCUGGGAUAUAUUGACACAGACAAUGCUUUGAAAAUCAUCGGUGAUAAAAUCACCAUGCAGGCAAGUCCCAAAGAAGAGUGUGCACGGGAAGUGGUGCGGGCUGGUGUGCUGCGACAUCGAGAGGUCAUAUAUCCUUACUGGACCCUAAAGCCCCUGCUGCUGCUGAAGGAAUGGAUGCCAGGCCUGAUGGAAAGGCUGCUGGACAAAUUCCUCGUCCUGGAAAAUAUCCUCUAAGCCUCAGGGCAGUUCAAUUUCACGUGGAAGCACAAUAAAAGGAAAACCCUGCUCAAGCAGAGGGGGCAA